AAUCGUAGCAUCAAAGAUAGCGAAAUUGUAUGAAAAAUUCAAGUUAGUGUAUGAUGAAGGCCUCAACUAAUUCUCAUUAAUGCUCAUUAUUUCUUUGCUCCUAUAAAUAGUAAGUAUAGUACGGUGAGUAAACCAAUCGCACUAAACAAAGAACAACACUUUGUAAAAUAAAAGCAGAACGAAAAGAAAUGGGGAAAGUUUCUACGCGAUUAGGGUUAUUGGGUUUGAUGCUUGUGUUGCUCAUUAUUGGAGUAGCAGAAUGUAGGAGACUUGAGAAGGAGACUUUAGGAGGUGGUGGUUUUGGAGGAGGUGGUGGUGGUGGAAAAGGCGGUGGUGGUGGUCUUGGAGGAGGAGCUGGUGGAGGCUUUGGUGGUGGUGCAGGUGGAGGCCACGGUGGUGGUGUUGGAGGAGGAUUCGGUGGUGGUGCUGGUGGAGGUAAAGGUGGUGGUGGUGGUGUUGGAGGAGGCCACGGUGGUGGUGUUGGAGGAGGCCACGGUGGUGGUGUUGGAGGAGGGUUCGGUGGUGGUGCUGGUGGAGGCAAAGGUGGUGGUGUUGGAGGAGGGUUCGGUGGUGGUGCUGGUGGAGGGAAAGGUGGUGGUUUAGGUGGAGGCCACGGUGGUGGUGUUGGAGGAGGAUUUGGUGGUGGUGCUGGUGGAGGCAAAGGUGGUGGUGUCGGAGGAGGCCAUGGUGGUGGUGCUGGAGGAGGAUUUGGUGGUGGUGUUGGAGGAGGCCAUGGUGGUGGUGCUGGAGGAGGAUUUGGUGGUGGUGCUGGAGGAGGACAUGGUGGUGGUGCUGGUGCUGGAGGAGGACAUGGUGGUGGUGCUGGUGGAGGGUUCGGUGGUGGUGGUGGUGCUGGUGGAGGACAUGGUGGUGGUGCUGGAGGAGGAUUUGGCGGUGGAGCUGGUGGAGGUCACGGUGGUGGUGCUGGAGGAGGAUUUGGCGGUGGAGCUGGUGGAGGUCACGGUGGUGGUUCUGGAGGAGGAUUUGGCGGUGGAGCUGGCGGAGGUCACGGUGGUGGUGCUGGAGGAGGAUUCGGCGGUGGUGCUGGUGGAGGCCACGGUGGAGGAGCUGGUGGAGGUUUUGGCGGUGGUGCAGGAGGAGGCCAUGCUGGCGGUGGUGGUGCUGGUGGAGGGUUUGGUGGUGGUGCCGGAGGAGGCGGUGGUGGUGGAUUUUGAAUCUAGCUUUUUAGGGCUACUUACUUGUGUACCACGCCAAAAAGAAUGAGAUUAUAUUAUGAAUGAAAUAAAUGAUACUUAACAAAAAUAUGAAGCUAUGCGAUGUUAAUGAUUCCUUUGAAAAAAUAUCAUAUAUCAUAAUCCACUAA